GAUUUACCUCAGGAGUUUGAAAGGAUGUCUUCCAAGCGACCAGCCUCUCCGUAUGGGGAAGCAGAUGGAGAGGUAGCCAUGGUGACAAGCAGACAGAAAGUGGAAGAAGAGGAGAGUGACGGGCUCCCAGCCUUUCACCUUCCCUUGCAUGAAGUUGAUGGCAAUAAAGUGAUGUCUUCAUUUGCCCCACAUAACUCAUCUACCUCACCCCUGAAGGCAGAAGAAGGUGGGCGUCAGAGCGGAGAGUCAUUGUCGAGUACAGCCCUAGGGACCCCAGAAAGGCGCAAAGGCAGCUUAGCCGAUGUUGUAGAUACCUUGAAACAAAGAAAAAUGGAAGAGCUCAUCAAAAAUGAACCAGAAGAAACUCCCAGUAUUGAAAAGCUCCUAUCAAAGGACUGGAAAGACAAGCUUCUUGCUAUGGGAUCAGGGAACUUUGGAGAAAUAAAAGGAACUCCAGAAAGCCUUGCUGAGAAAGAAAGGCAGCUCAUGGGCAUGAUCAAUCAGCUGACCAGUUUGCGAGAGCAGCUGCUGGCAGCUCAUGAUGAACAGAAGAAGCUGGCUGCCUCCCAAAUUGAGAAACAGCGCCAGCAAAUGGAACUGGCCAAGCAGCAGCAAGAACAGAUUGCAAGACAACAGCAGCAGCUUCUACAGCAGCAACACAAAAUCAAUCUGCUUCAACAACAGAUCCAGGUUCAAGGUCAGCUGCCUCCAUUAAUGAUUCCAGUAUUCCCUCCAGACCAGCGAACACUGGCAGCAGCUGCCCAGCAAGGAUUCCUCCUUCCUCCAGGCUUCAGCUACAAGGCAGGAUGUAGUGACCCUUACCCUGUUCAGCUGAUCCCAACUACCAUGGCAGCUGCUGCCGGGGCAACCCCAGGCUUAGGCCCACUCCAACUGCAGCAGUUAUAUGCUGCCCAGCUAGCUGCAAUGCAGGUAUCUCCAGGAGGAAAGUUACCAGGUAUACCCCAAGGCAACCUUGGUGCUGCUGUAUCUCCAACCAGCAUUCAUACAGAGAAGAGCACAAAUAGCCCACCACCCAAAAGCAAGGAUGAAGUGGCACAACCACUGAACUUGUCUGCUAAACCCAAGACCUCUGAUGGGAAAUCACCCACAUCUCCCACCUCUCCCCAUAUGCCAGCUCUAAGAAUAAACAGUGGGGCAAGCUCUCUCAAAGCCUCUGUCCCAGCAGCAUUAGCCAGUCCGUCAGCUAGAGUUAGCACAAUAGGUUAUUUAAAUGACCAUGAUGCUGUUACCAAGGCAAUCCAAGAAGCUCGACAGAUGAAGGAACAACUUCGGCGGGAACAACAGGUGCUUGAUGGGAAGGUGGCUGUUGUGAACAGUCUGGGGCUCAAUAACUGCAGAACAGAAAAGGACAAAACGACACUAGAGAGCCUGACUCAGCAACUAGCAGUGAAACAGAACGAAGAAGGAAAAUUCAGCCAUGCCAUGAUGGAUUUCAAUAUGAGUGGAGAUUCUGAUGGAAGUGCUGGGGUCUCAGAGUCCAGAAUUUAUCGGGAAUCCAGAGGGCGUGGGAGCAAUGAACCUCACAUCAAGCGUCCCAUGAAUGCUUUCAUGGUAUGGGCUAAAGACGAACGGAGGAAAAUCCUUCAAGCCUUUCCUGACAUGCACAAUUCCAACAUCAGCAAGAUACUAGGUUCUCGCUGGAAAGCAAUGACAAACCUAGAAAAACAGCCAUACUAUGAAGAACAGGCUCGACUUAGCAAGCAGCACCUGGAGAAAUAUCCUGACUAUAAGUAUAAGCCCAGGCCAAAGCGAACCUGCCUUGUAGAUGGAAAAAAACUGAGGAUUGGCGAAUAUAAAGCAAUUAUGCGGAACAGACGUCAAGAGAUGAGGCAGUAUUUUAAUGUUGGGCAACAAGCACAGAUCCCAAUUGCUACUGCCGGUGUUGUAUAUCCUGGAGCAAUCGCUAUGGCAGGAAUGCCCUCCCCUCAUCUGCCCUCGGAGCAUUCGAGUGUAUCCAGCAGCCCAGAACCUGGGAUGCCUGUGAUCCAAAGCACGUACGGUGUAAAAGGAGACGAGCCGCAUAUCAAGGAAGAGAUGCAGGCCGAUGAUAUCAAUGGAGAAAUCUAUGACGAGUACGAUGAAGAAGAGGAUGACCCAGAUGUGGACUACGGGAGUGACAGUGAAAACCACAUUGCUGGGCAAGCCAACUGAUAAGAGUCCAACAAGUGUUGUGACCUUAGAGGACUUAAAGAAGCCCCAGCUGGUUCAUCCUUACCAGUGGCCAAGCACAUUAACUUUCUCAUACACUGACUGUUAUUUUAACUGUUAGUCUUAACUAGUUGGGACAUCAGCUGACUAAUAGACCUCAGCCUGCAUCAAAAGGCUUUGGAAGGAGAAAAAAAUAAAAACAGCAAAAAUAUCGACAACAAGAGAUUGAAAUAAGCUAUGGGUAAAAUAAUGCCAGUAAUUCAGCUGCUAUAUCCAAGCACUGAAGUCUUACCCGUCAACUCUUUUUUUUUUUAAAUAAACUUUAUGGCUGUUUGUUCUACAAUGUUCUAGAAAUUCUCACUCAGGUACACAGUGCCAACAAGUGGCUUG